ACUGCGGACGACUAGAGCCAGAGGGAAAGCACAUAUUUUCCACCCGAUCCAAGAUCAGUUUGGUGUCGACAAUCAUCGGAAGGGAUGGAAGAAUUGCGUCGCGCGCUCGGUUUAGCCAAUUGUUGUAUCUGCUUGUAACAAGAAGAAAAAGAGGUUCCAGUGCCAUAAGGAAGUGAGGAUAAAAAGUGAACUGUCGGAUUCCAUUGUGUGCAAUCGGUGUAUCUGAUCUGUGGCUCUGGUUCCGUGCUUAGCACACCGCGGAAAGAGGGAAAAUCGAUAUUUUCUUUGUCGCUUAGGCUAGGGCCACUUUGUAUUGUGGAAGGUGAUUAAAAUAGGUGCGAUUCAGUUCCUUCCUGAUGAUGAGCCACCGGAAAGCACCCGAGCAGAAGAAGCACCGGAAGGAGGCGGUAAACGACCUUGGAUUAUGAUUGGUGAAAAUUGACGAACAGCGCAUUCAAAAAAAAGUUAUGAACGGUCGGUCGGUCACUGGGUGAGAGUGGUUGUGUAAAGCUGGCUGCGACGGAGAAUUCGUUUCAACUUUUUGAGGGUCGAAACCCUACCCGGUUAGAAUAGUGUUGCUUGUGAAAGGGAUUAUUCAACCGUACCGACAUCGACAUUCCGCAAAUGUUUUCUGCUUUACAUUCCAACGAGAAAGUCAGAACCGAGUGAAAAGUGAGUGACCUGUAAUCAGAUUUAUGUGGCGUAGCGAAGUCAUAGGUCAUGUAUGUGAAUCAAAUGGAAUAUGUAUUUAUAGUCGUCAUCAACUAGUCCCGGAAAAUAAUCUGUUACUUCUAACGUGAAUUCGUGUCUCUCGUUGUGGGGAAAGGUCAUGAAAAUGCUUCAUUGGAUUAAAGCUUUAAGCUAAACGGCGGGAGCUAGACGUGCGACGUGCGAUCUUGGGGUGAAGCAAAGUGUGCGGAAACUCGCGUGACUAAGCAAAACAAGAAAAGAAAAACAACAAACGAGGCAGUUGGGGCGGUACCGAGAAACCACCUCCUGUAGGAAGUACACCCGAGUGGAAAAAAAUGAAGCCCAUUAGCUACCGUGGUUUGGCAAUUCAUGGUGCGGGUGGUGGGGUUUGAAGGGGGUGUAGAUUGGAGACAGGCAAAGAAGAGGAUUCCCGAGCCGUACAACCGUAGUCCCUCCGGCCGACCGACAGCAGGUACUCAGCGCUAGGCAGACAGGUUCCAUCAACGUCAACACGCUGCUGCUGCUGCUGCUGGUGCCGCUGCGAAAACUCCUCACGGAACAGAAAUGGAAUUCAUGCAGAGGAAUAUAAUCAUAUCGCUUUUGAUCUUCGUGUUCGGACUGGCAAAAGACAUUUGCUUCUGCCUGCGCCUGACAGAGGUUCGCAUCCCAAACCACGUGGCCAAGAACAGUACCGUCCAGCUCGAAUGCCAUUUCGAUCUGAACGGGGAGGCACUCUAUUCGGUCAAAUGGUACAAAGACGGCAACGAGUUCUACCGAUAUGUUCCUAGAGAUAAUCCACCAGCUCAGUUCUUCCUCCUGACGGGAGUGUCAGUUGAUCUACUAAAUUCGACUGAAAAUCAGAUAGUGCUAAACAAUGUAACUCUGGCCUCGUCCGGGCGGUAUCGUUGCGAAGUAUCAGCAGAAGCGCCCUCCUUUCAGACUGUCUCCAGCCACGGUGACAUGGUGGUGGUCGCCCUGCCGGAUACGGAUCCGAAAAUCACCGGUGGCAAGCCUCGCUACCAGAUCGGUGACAUGGUUCGGGUGAACUGCACAUCGGGACGGUCGAAGCCAGCGGCCAAGCUGACGUGGUUCAUCAACGGCGAGGUGGCCGAUCCGACAUUUCUGCGCCGCUACGACACUGUGAUAACUGGGAGAGAAGGCCUAGAGACUACAAUUUUAGGAUUAGAGUUUCGUGUGCGGUUGCGGCAUUUCAAGCGCGGUGAUAUGAAGCUGAAAUGCGUCGCGACGAUAGCACACGUGUACUGGAAGAGCAACGAGGAAAGCGUGGAAGGGGACAAGCAGCCGAAACCGCCGGCGCUCGAGUCGAAAGAGACACUCCAUCCCAACGGAUCCCGGGCGGAUCGGCAAGAAAGCAACUCCAGCUCCAGCAACCACCGGCGGAGAUUUAUGGCCAAUGUUUCUGCCGCUACCAACGUGCUUCUGUUGCUGCUGCCAUCGCUGCUUCUGGUGCUACUCAACUCGUCGUCGUCGUCAGUGGCCUCGUUGGUGGUGUCGCCAAGGUCCUCGAUCGGAAGAUAACUUCAUCCACGAGGAGCGCAGAAAUAGGACACAAAAAAAACUAUCAGUAUCUCGCAGUAGCUGGCCGCCCGGGGUGUCGGAUGGCGAAUCACGUAUCUUAGUGGCUUUUAUAUUACGUUUUAGAUUUUAAUGAAGAAGUAAACCCACUUCCAAUCCACCCCUCCCAAACUAGCGAGACAGAGAGAAAGAGAGAGCAAACACUUUCUAGAUUAAAUUGAAUGCCAAAGAUAUAAAAUGAGAAGCUGUAAAUUUUGCAAGAUUACAACCAUUCGGUGGGUGGGAAGACGUGUGAAGGGGGAAAAUAUUAAUAGCACUGGGUGCCAUUCAGAGUGAGCGAGUCAAAAAUGGAGAUGGAGUGAGAGAGGGUGCAAAUCAAACUGUAAGAUACGGUUCUGUAAAUAAAUGUAAAAUUUGUUUCUAAGUUUUAAAGAUACGAUCCGAGACCAGGUGCUUGGAGAAAAGUUUAUCCUAAGUUGCUACUUAGAAGAAUGAAAAUCUAGACACAAAACAAGGUUAAUAACAUCGAUCAUUCAAGCGGUCUCGCAAUUAAUACAUGUCAAUUUAUGAGAAAAGUUAAUGGAAAACAAAGGUGAAAAAUGUUUCCACCAAAAAAAAACAGUAUUACUUAUCGUUGAACUAAACUAUCACAAACAAACUGAAACAGACUAACUAAUUCGUCAUAUCAGGUGGAAAUACGCGUAAAUACACACUUUUUAAACUACUUAUUUAUGUGACGGAAAUUUCGCUCUUAAACUUAAAAAAGUACAUAUUUAUGGAAAAGCCUACAGCAGCAACAAAAUCGAAGCAAAGUUGUGUACUCGAAUUCAAUGUGAUUUUUGUUUUGUUUCUAUGCAAGACGAAUAAAAUUCCUCCAACUGAGCUCGAAGAAAACGAAACCCAACUUGAACGAAUAUCAGUAUUAAAUUCGAAUAGGGAUCACCGAUCGAGUGCGAACACAAAAAAACCAUAGACGGAAAACAAGCAGCAAAUAUCAAAUCGAAACAAAACUUCAUCAUUCAUUAUCAGCAUCACGGAAACUUUACAGAAGAACCAAUUUUUUUCACUCCUGAAGAAGAGAGCCAUAUCAGCAGCCUACCCCAUCCAGUAAAUCUUCGCUGCAUAAAACGCGUUUAGUCGAUAAGAUCAUUUGUUAAACCCCCGCAACAAAAGAAGAGACUUCAAUUUAAGUAUAUAAAACGUACGCUCUGAAUGGGGCGCGCAAAAUGUUAAGUUAAUCCGAAGAGAUGGACGAGGACGAGGUCUUCUGUUUCGGAAUUGAAAGUGAUUAUUGAAAAAAAAAACGUUGGUGAAAAUGAAUAGAUAUUGUUUAAAAACUACAUAUUUUAGGUUAACUUUAAAAUAAUAAUGGAAAUAUCUGUAAUCAAAUUUCGGUUGCCCUCCCAAAUGAUAGAGAAAGAGAGAAAGAUUUUGUUCCGAGCCCCGUGAAGCAGAAGACCUGAACUAUGAGAAAAAAUGUUGUUAUCGAUGAGGAAGGAUUAAAACAAUGAAUCGAUUCGUUUUUUGUAUUAUUAAGCGUCGUAGGCCUAGGCGAUAGGGUUGAUUAUUAUUGUAAAUAAUUUUCAUAUGAAUCAGAUACGAUUUAGUCUAUUUUAUUAAUAAAUGUAUAAAUUCAUGAAUCUUUUA